AUGCUUCGAGGACCGGGCUUGGGAGGAAAGGGGUUAAGUCAGACCCUGACUUUCCCCGCGCAACGUGCCCAGUUUUGUCUGUUAAAGUCAACGUCGCCCAGCUGGAGCCAGCCAAUAAGCGGCCGGGAGGGCGCGGGACGGCCCAGUGAAGGGGCGUGGCCUAAGGCUGUCACUCAGCGAGGCCGCCGUCGUCGCCGCCGCCGCUGGGGGUGGGCUCCGGAAGAGCCCGACCAACUCGGAGGGAAAGGACCAGCCAGGAGCCGAAAUCCUGCAGCCUGGGAAGAGACCGAGGCGCAAAGAAAAAGUGACUCGGGCCGUGCGCCCCGGAGGCGCCCAGAAGGGGACUGCAGCCGCCGUGGGGGCCCGGCCGAUCCGCCCUCCACAUCCUCCGAGGGGGCAGACCCCGGCCCGCCCCUAAGGGACCUGGAGGAGGAAGCCGCAGGCCGGAGCGACAGCGAGAUGUCGGCCAGCGUCUCAGGCGACCGCAGCCCGAGGGCGGAGGACGACGCCGUUGGCCCUGGAAGCGCACGCGUCCCGGCGCUGUGCGGCAGAGGCGGCGGCGGUGGCGGCGGACCGGCGGGCGGCGCGGAGGAGGAGGAGGAGCCCGCGGCGCCCAAGCCGCGCAAGAAACGCUCGCGGGCCGCCUUCUCCCACGCGCAGGUCUUCGAGCUGGAGCGCCGUUUCAACCACCAGCGCUACCUGUCCGGGCCGGAGCGCGCCGACCUGGCCGCGUCGCUGAAGCUCACUGAGACGCAAGUGAAGAUCUGGUUCCAGAACCGUCGCUACAAGACCAAGCGCCGGCAGAUGGCCGCCGACCUGCUGGCAUCGGCGCCCGCCGCCAAGAAGGUGGCGGUGAAAGUGCUCGUACGCGACGACCAGAGACAGUACUUGCCCGGCGAGGUGCUUCGGCCACCCUCGCUGCUGCCACUGCAGCCCUCCUACUAUUACCCUUACUACUGCCUCCCCGGCUGGGCCCUCUCCACGUGCGCAGCCGCCGCGGGCACCCAGUGAGCCGGCCUGGGGCGAGGCCGCCGGUGAUCCCUGCGCCCCAGUUCCGACGGCCGCGGACGGCUGUGCGGGUUGUGUGCUCGGCACAAGGGCUCCCCGCCGAGGGGGCAAGUGGAGGAUGAAAUCCAGCCCGGGCUCAAACUUCCAGCAUGGCGCCCCAGCAGCGGGACUGAAUUUGUCCAGAGAGGGCGCCUUUUUCUAAUUCGAGCCGAGGCACCCUAUGGCCUAGGGGCCUUGCUCCCCUGGCGCCUGCCUGGAAGCUCUUGGACAUUAUUUAUUAUCACAACAAAGUUAGAUGUGGAUUGUAUCUGCCAGGAGACUAUGUUUCCCUGGAGCGGAAAGAACUCCUGGAGACCACAGAGCCUGAAUCCCCAGAAUUUCGGGCUAGCCGGGAGCUUCGUGCGCUAGGCCACAAUAGUUCAUGGUAUCCAUGCUACCAAUCUAUGUGUAUCUACAUACCUAUUUUUUUGUUUUUUGGAAAUUGCAUUUGUAUCAAAGAGGUGCGGAACCCUGGCAGCCCCAAGGAGCCCCAAGACAUGGGAUUGAUUCGAACCGUGGAAUGUUUGGUUUUUCGGGCCCUCUGCCCCAUGCCUCCCCAUAUCAGAGCUCACGUGGGGAUGCCCUUUUGGGUGCUGAAUGUAAAGACGGGAGCCUCUGGGCACAGAGUAGGGCCGAGACUCCCCCGGAAACUUUCCUCUCUGAAGUCCAGGGCCGCCGCCAAACUGGGGAGCUUCCUGGGAACCCCGAACCGGGAGAGAGGAAACCCAGCAGUUUUUCAUAGACACUUGCCUGUAUUUCUUUUUAUUUUUUUAAAGGAGGUUAAAACUUGUA